UCGGCAGCGUCGCUUCAGUCGUGCCGCGACCGUCGAAUCGUGAACUUCGUUUUUUACGCUCGCUUAUUCUUCCUCGUGUCUUCGAAGAGAAAGAGUGAGAAAGAAAGAAAGAAAGAGAAAAGAGAUAGAAAAAGACAGUCGAUCUUUUCAACGAUCUUUUUACGGGAAUUGACUACGACGAUUCGUAGUAGACACAAGAAAAAAAAAAAAAAAGAAAAGAAAAAAAGGAAACGAAACGAAAGGAAAUAGAAGAAACAAAAGAGAAAUAAUAAAGGCUAAAAGUAAAGGAAAGGAAAAUAUUUCCAACGUUUCUCGUUCUUGUUGGUCCUCCACGUCGGUGAACGACCUCGACUCGAAGGAUCAUGGCCAGUCACAGGGCUACCAAAUCCGGUUUUGCUGCGGAAGCGCAGAGAAAGAUAAAUAGUAAAUACAGUGAAGAACUAGCUCAAGAAUGUUUGGAAUGGAUCAAGACGAUCACUGGUGAGGACAUAAAUAUCAAUGGUGAUAUGGAUAGUUUCUAUGAGGUUCUGAAAGAUGGUGUACUUCUCUGCAGGUUGGUGAAUGACAUCAAGGAAGGAUCCGUAAAAAAGAUCAAUAAAACGACUUUGGCUUUCAAGUGUAUGGAAAAUAUAAAUGCAUUCCUUGAAGCUGCACGAGCAUUAGGUGUCCCACCUCAGGAAACCUUUCAAACUGUUGAUCUUUGGGAACGACAAAAUUUGAACUCUGUUGUCAUUUGCUUGCAAUCUCUUGGAAGAAAGGCGGGUAACUAUGGUAAGCCAAGUAUUGGACCAAAAGAAGCUGACAAAAAUGUUCGUAAUUUCACCGAGGAACAACUUAGAGCUGGCCAAGGUGUGAUAAGUCUACAAUAUGGUAGCAAUAAGGGUGCCAAUCAAAGUGGCAUUAAUUUUGGAAACACCAGACAUAUGUAAACCGUAGAUUAACAUGGAACAAAUUCUUCCAUGAGAACGCACUACUAUAAUUUUAUUUUAUUUUAUUUUACUUCCAUAAGUACUCAAGCUAUAGAUGUACUCUAUCGCAUAACUUUCUUCUUCAGCGGGCCAAAUUCGAUCUAUGCGUAAGAUAUAUAUAUAUAUAUAUAUAUAUAUAUAUAUAUAUAUAUAUAUAUAUAAAAUAUACUUACACAUAUAAUAGGAGUAAGCAGAGAGAAAAAAUAAAUAAACAUACUAUAAAAGACCAUUUACGCGUGCGUUGAAUAUCGAAAUAAGUAUCGGUAUGUUGUAAAUUCUAAUCUACCUGUCCUGGUAAUAAUAAAAGCAGAUAAAAAAACAAAUCAAAUGUUUUAAACAAUUAACAAUUACUGUGCAAGUAUAUAGCUCUCUGGACUAAACAAGUAGAAUAUAUACUUAUUAAAUCAAGAACAAAGACAUAUGCUACACGUGGAUUUUUAUAUUGGACAGUGUAGAGAAAUAAUUGUUAUGUAUUACAAAUAUAUUAUAAUACAGAACCAUUAUUGCAAAGUUACUCUGUUACUGUUA